CGCAGCGUCUCUGAGUCUGCGCGGGUAGAGUCAGGGGUCACGGCGGCGUAGACUGUGGCGGGAAAGGCUGUUUGAAGCGGGUUCCACCGGGAAGCCAUGGGGAGUUUUGAGCAUCAGAGCAACAGGACCUGCCCUGCCUUUUGAAAAACUCACAGGCUGCUGAGCGAAGAUGGAAUUGUAAUGGGUACAAGAGUGGAAGGAGGAAGGCCAGUUGAAAGGAUGGAUGGGAAGCGACGACCAGGCCCAGGGCCUGGGGUGCCCCCGAAGCGGGCCCGUGGGGGCCUCUGGGAUGAGGAUGAGCCAUUUCAGCCAUCCCAGUUUGAGGAGGAGCUGGCCCUGAUGGAGGAGAUGGAGGCAGAGCACAGGCUGCAAGAACAGGAGGAGGAGUUGCUGCAGCCGCCCCUGGAGGGAGCCCCAGAUGGGCAGUUCUCCCCAACGGCCAUAGAUGCCCGCUGGCUUCGGCCCACCCCGCCCCCCCUGGAUCCCCAGAAGGAGCCCCUCAUCUUCCAGCAGUUGGAGAUCGAUCAUUAUGUGGGCCCAGCACAGCCCCUGCCCGGAGCACCCACGCCAUCCCGCGACUCCGUGCCUAUCCUGCGAGCCUUUGGAGUCACAGAUGAGGGCGUGUCCGUCUGCUGCCACAUCCAUGGCUUUGCACCCUACUUCUAUACCCCGGCGCCCUCUGGUUUUGGGUCCGAGCACCUGGGUGACCUGCAGCGGGAGCUGAAUGCAGCCAUCAGCAGGGACCAGCGAGGAGGGAAGGAGCUCACGGGGCCGGCAGUGCUGUCUGUGGAGCUGUGCUCCCGGGAGAGCAUGUUCGGGUACCAUGGCCAUGGCCCCUCCCCAUUCCUGCGCAUCACCCUGGCACUACCGCGCCUCGUGGCCCCCGCCCGCCGCCUCCUGGAGCAGGGCAUCCGUGUGGCAGGCCUGGGCACCCCCAGCUUCGCACCCUAUGAGGCCAACGUGGACUUUGAAAUCCGGUUCAUGGUGGACACAGACAUCGUAGGCUGCAAUUGGUUGGAACUCCCAGCAGAGAAAUACAUCCUGAGGCCUCAGGGGAAGGCCACACUGUGUCAGCUGGAGGCAGAUGUGCUGUGGUCUGAUGUGGUCAGUCACCCGCCAGAAGGGCAGUGGCAGCGAAUCGCACCCCUGCGUGUGCUCAGCUUUGACAUUGAGUGUGCUGGCCGCAAAGGCAUCUUCCCUGAGCCCGAGCGGGACCCCGUGAUCCAGAUCUGCUCACUGGGCCUCCGCUGGGGUGAGCCGGAGCCCUUCCUGCGCCUGGCACUCACCCUACGGCCCUGCGCCCCAAUCCUGGGCGCCAAAGUGCAGAGCUACGAGCGGGAGGAGGAGCUGCUCCAGGCAUGGUCAACCUUUAUUCGCACCAUGGACCCUGACGUGAUCACUGGCUACAACAUCCAGAAUUUUGACCUCCCAUACCUCAUCUCCCGGGCCCAAACUCUCAAGGUGCACACGUUCCCCUUCCUGGGCCGCGUGUCUGGCCUCCGCUCCAACAUCCGGGACUCAUCCUUCCAGUCCAAGCAGACCGGCCGGCGGGACAGCAAGGUGGUCAGCAUGGUGGGCCGCGUACAGAUGGACAUGCUGCAGGUGCUGCUGCGUGAGUACAAGCUCCGCUCCUACACGCUCAACGCCGUGAGCUUCCACUUCCUGGGCGAGCAGAAAGAGGAUGUGCAGCACAGCAUCAUCACUGACCUGCAGAACGGAAAUGACCAGACGCGCCGCCGGCUAGCUGUGUAUUGCCUCAAGGAUGCCUUCCUGCCCCUGCGGCUGUUGGAGCGGCUCAUGGUGCUGGUGAACGCCAUGGAGAUGGCACGUGUCACUGGAGUGCCCCUCGGCUACCUGCUCAGCCGCGGCCAGCAGGUCAAGGUCGUGUCCCAGCUGCUGCGACAGGCCAUGCGCGAGGGACUACUGAUGCCUGUGGUGAAGACAGAGGGUGGCGAGGACUACACAGGGGCCACAGUCAUCGAGCCCCUCAAAGGGUACUAUGAUGUCCCCAUCGCCACCCUGGACUUCUCCUCUCUGUACCCAUCCAUCAUGAUGGCCCAUAACCUGUGCUAUACCACACUCCUGCGGCCGGGGGCUGCCCAGAAACUAGGCCUGACCAAGGAUCAGUUCAUCAAGACGCCCACAGGGGAUGAGUUUGUGAAGACGUCAGUGCGGAAAGGGCUGCUGCCCCAGAUCCUGGAGAACCUGCUCAGUGCCCGGAAGAGGGCCAAGGCCGAACUGGCCAAGGAGACAGACCCCCUGCGUCGGCAGGUCUUGGAUGGGCGGCAGCUGGCCCUAAAAGUGAGUGCCAACUCUGUAUAUGGCUUCACUGGUGCCCAGGUGGGCAAGCUGCCAUGUCUGGAGAUCUCCCAGAGCGUCACUGGCUUUGGGCGCCAGAUGAUUGAGAAAACAAAGCAGCUGGUGGAGUCCAAGUACACAGUGGAGAAUGGCUAUAGCGCCAAUGCCAAGGUGGUGUAUGGUGACACUGACUCAGUCAUGUGCCGAUUUGGUGUCUCCUCGGUGGCUGAGGCAAUGGCCUUGGGGCGGGAGGCUGCAGACUGGGUGUCAGGCCACUUUCCCCCGCCCAUCCGGCUCGAGUUUGAGAAGGUCUACUUUCCCUACCUGCUCAUCAGCAAGAAGCGCUAUGCUGGCCUGCUCUUCUCCUCCCGGCCCGAUGCGCAUGACCGCAUGGACUGCAAGGGCCUGGAGGCCGUGCGCCGGGACAACUGCCCCCUCGUGGCCAACCUCGUCACUGCCUCCCUGCGCCGCUUGCUCAUCGACCGAGACCCCGCGGGUGCCGUGGCCCACGCACAGGACGUCAUCUCCGACUUGCUGUGUAACCGCAUCGACAUCUCCCAGCUGGUCAUCACCAAGGAGCUGACCCGCGCAGCAGCGGACUACGCCGGCAAGCAGGCCCACGUGGAGCUGGCUGAGAGGAUGAGGAAGCGGGACCCCGGGAGUGCGCCCAGCUUGGGCGACCGUGUCCCCUACGUGAUCAUCGGCGCUGCCAAGGGCGUGGCUGCCUACAUGAAGUCCGAGGACCCCCUCUUUGUGCUGGAGCACAGCCUGCCCAUCGACACACAGUACUAUCUGGAGCAGCAGCUCGCCAAGCCACUCCUGCGCAUCUUCGAGCCCAUCUUGGGCGAGGGCCGUGCGGAGGCCGUGCUGCUGAGGGGUGACCACACACGCUGCAAGACGGUGCUCACAGGCAAGGUGGGUGGCCUUCUGGCCUUUGCCAAACGCCACAGCUGCUGCAUCGGCUGCCGGACUGUCCUCAAUCACCAGGGAGCCGUGUGCAAGUUCUGCCAGCCUCGGGAGUCAGAGCUGUAUCAGAAGGAGGUAUCCCACCUGAACGCCCUGGAGGAGCGCUUCUCACGCCUCUGGACCCAGUGCCAGCGCUGUCAGGGCAGCCUGCAUGAGGAUGUCAUCUGCACCAGCCGGGACUGCCCCAUCUUCUACAUGCGCAAGAAGGUGCGGAAGGACCUGGAGGACCAGGAGCAGCUUCUGAGGCGCUUCGGCCCACCUGGCCCCGAGGCCUGGUGACCUCCGACCGGGUUUCCAGACGCCAGGAGGGCAGUGGUGGAGAAUUAAUAAAGUUCAGGCCUUUUGUUUCCUA